AUGAUCGGUGCGAUCGACCGGAGAAGGACGCGCAACAUCCACCCUCUGGCUUCCAUCCAAGUCCUCACGGUACCCAAGAUAUCGGGCCAUCUCAAGGCGAAAAGACACCGCUUCCACCAUCCGAGUGACCCGUCGCUGUCGCCGGCUCGGACGCUGUCGCUACGGGCGCGUGCCGCCGUUGACGCCGUUGACGUUGACGUUGACAGCUCGGCACCGUCCCGCCAAGACUCGGCCCUGGCCAUGACCGACUACGACCGAUCGCUCCUAUCGUUGGGCCCGUCUAUCUUGAGUUCGAUGCAGCAUGUUCCGAUCAAAUCUUCUGUCUCGAUCCCAGACCCUCGAUCGCUGCAUGCUCAACCAUGGGCUUACCCUAGUCGCGAAUCUUCGGGUCCGCCGAAUCCUCCACCGUCAACGGCCUUGUCGCCUUCGCCUUCGUCGUCGUCGACCUCGCCCCGGUUGCUCGAGAUCAGCUCCUUGUCAACGUUUGCAGCCGAGUACUUCGUCUACUUGUGGUUCGCUCCGCCGUUACCAAGCCCGGGGAAGCCUGCGUCGCUCAAUUUUUCAAAACAACAGAGUGCGCCGACGGAUCGGUUUCUCAGGUUCUGUCACGAGCUAUUAGCAACCAGUUGAGUCCGGCAUGGCCGCAUGCUUUCUAUGGAUCAUUUACGGUGUCUUGGACCCCGAAAACUUGCUGACAACGAGCGUCGUCUUUACUUUCUUGCUCUUGCAGCCCAAGUCAGCCACUCCGUCGUCAUCUUAGCCUUGUUGCUCGUUUCACGGCUCAAGGCCCGCAACCAGAUUACGGGCUCACCAGGGUCCGAGUUUCGUGCGCUCAUCAUUAGUCUCAUGAUUGCCAACAAGGUAGUGGAUGAUAACAGUGAGUGCAUGUCGAUCACUCGCGGUAGCGAAAGCUCGGACCGCACGAGUGUGACCAAGCUGAGGGGCUCUAUCUGUGUCUCCCAAACAGCCUACACCGCAAAGACCUGGGCCGACGUCUCGUCUCUAGAGCUUGUGAGUAUCUCCGUCAUAGAAAUCUGGGUCAACCAAUCGUCGUCAGGAUCUCGCGUGGCGUGCGGGGCCUCUGCUUCAAGACUGACUCCCCCGAUCUUGCCCCAUGCAGAAACCUCUCGUUGCUGGCGAAGCAGAGUUCCUCCAGGGACUCGAGUGGUCAGUUCACGUCACAGAACGCGAUUUUAACGCUUGGGUCAAGCUUCUACAAGGGCACAUCUCGACGAGAAAAUCCCAACACGCUGCGCACUCCAGACCGCGCCUCCAACUGGAGCAAGGCUACUACAGAACGAAGCCGACGAGGAGCCCUCUUCCGUCGCGUCAGAGCCGCAUCGAGCUCCAUGGACUUGGUCUGGAUACAACUGUCCAGACAGAAUCAGACCACGGCCCAUCGAAGCGACUUCGGCUGGUCACCGACGAUUCCGUCCAUUCAGCUCGCAGGCUGUCUACUGGGACGGAGCAUGCCGCCGCUCAAGACGGGCUCCUCCUCACACCGACCGAGACUACUGCUCGCGGUGACACCACUGGAUCGCCACCGACUUUCUCAUUCGGCGCCGGAUCGACAUGGAGCCAGGCUUCGACACAGUCGGCCCCACGAUUGCGCCCUUCGUCGUCACACUCAAUGGCCGCGAUGACGCUCUCGCCGUUGGCGGGCCACCAGCGGGAUCCGCCAGCAAUCUCUCAUGCCCAUGCUUUAUCGCCGUCUGGCCGCAUUCGACAUCGCCAUUCGAGGUCGAUCCCACCUCAUAUCACCAGUACUAUCUCACCGACUGGACCCUCGUCGUCAUCGAUGCAGUCCCUGUCCUCGGAUCAGACGUAUCCGCUGCUGGGGGCGUCUUCACAAGGUGGGAAGCGACGCGCCGACGAAGCUUUCGGCCACUCGACAACUCAACAGUCCGAACCAGAAGCGGUCUGGCUAAAGCGUUCGAUCAGCGUUGGAUGCUCGCCUGCGCCACCGCGAGCCUUCUAUGUGCACCCUGCCCACAUGUAUCCUUCGCCCGCCUACUCGUCACCCGGAGCACGGUUGCUCUUCCCGACAUCGCCACAGGCACAGCCUUACGAGCCCAACAGGCUACCGUCGGCUCGACGACAGAGCCACGAGUUAGUGAUGCCCGCCGAAGGCCCCUUCGGAAUACUCGCGCACGCGUACUCGCCUCACCCGGACAUGGGCUCGCGUCGCUUCAGACCCGAGCAACUCGACUACUACUCGUUGGCAGCCGGCCAACGACAUGGACACCUGCAUGAAGGAGGCCAGGCCCCACCCGAGGUUCCGUAUUCACGACAGAACCGCUCUUAUGCGCCCACCACACCGUCCCAUCUCGGUCUUUCCCCCUCGUCGCCGCGUCACGUUUCGCCGCGGUCUUGCCUUAACUCGGCUUUAACCCAGGCCUCCCCUCCGUACGGGUCCCAGCAAAAGUCUGCGGUCGGCUUCGCUUACUCCCCCGGUGAUGUUCUAGCUCCGACGAUGCACCGCUCAGCGAGUCGAGACGGGCCAUUUUUGCUACAACGCUGCCGUCCACAAUUCGCCAACUCGGGCCCUUCCGGUAUCAUCUGGACCCAGAAUGUCGCCUCCAACAUCUCGCCCUAA